AUGUCAUAUCCUCCGCCUCCAGGCUCAGGUUACAAACCUUCCACCCCUGCCUCACUACCUCCCCGGCCGCCGCCGCCAACAGCCAACCCUGCGCUCGCCUUCAAGCCGGCGUCAAUCGCCUCCUCCAAACCUGCUUUUGCAGGCUUCGCACCACGAUCCGUGGCUUCGAACAACUUCCGCACCAGCAGCCCAGCUCAGUACACGGCAUCCCCGGCCGCAUCAUACCCCGCUGCCCCUCAAUAUCCAGGACAGCCACAAUAUGAUAGUCCGUACUCGGGGCCCCCUCAAAUCCGCAAUCCCUUCGUACCGCCUUCAGAUACCUCUUCUGCAGCGAGCGGCUUCCCCCCUGGCUAUGAUCCUGAAUAUGAGGCACAAAUACAGCAGUGGCAGAGCGCUUACUUGAACAAAGAUGGUCCUACUCCGUCUACAUCAUUACCAAAACCGGCAGGGACACAAAGCCUACCCACCAAAACAGACACCAUCAAACAAGAUGAUACUCCAAAGACGGUCCAACGCGCGGGAGGAGGUUCUACAUGGACCGACCCGACCUUGCUCGAGUGGGACCCAGCGCACUUUCGCAUCUUCGUGGGCAAUCUUGCGGGGGAGGUGACUGACGAGUCACUGCUCAAGGCCUUUUCUCAGUAUCCUUCUGUGCAAAAGGCGAGGGUCAUUCGUGAUAAACGCACUACAAAGUCCAAAGGCUACGGUUUCGUGAGUUUUUCAGACGGAGACGACUACUUCCGUGCCGCCCGAGACAUGAAUGGCAAGUAUGUCGGAAGUCAUCCGAUCGUGGUUAAAAAGGCCGUCACAGAUGUGCGUCCUACAACACAGAAGCAGAACAAGGGCAAGGGAGGAGCCGGCGGACAUGGCAAGGUGCAACAUGGUGGCGUGAAUAAGAAGCAGCCGAAGACAAAGGGAGGAUUGAAGGUCUUGGGUUGA